AUGGGUCAGACCAAGCAAGACGAGGAAUAUGGAUAUGACCUCUUCCCAGAGAGAAACGCGAGGAAGCCCACGCAGAUCACAAUCAGAGACAGCCUGUUCACAUUCAGAAAUAAGUGUCAGGUCAUGUUAACGUUCGCCAUGGAAACUAGUCCAUAUGCCAAACUCCUGCUCAGUGCCAUGAAGAACUCCGGCUGCAAAGUGUUUAAAGACAGACAUUUCUCCUGCGAGGACUGCGACGGGACGGUCAGCGGUGGUUUUGAUGCUGCCUCCUCUCAGAUUGUUUUGUGUCAGAACAACAUCCACCAGCAGGCUCACAUGAACCGAGUGGUCACCCAUGAACUCAUCCAUGCGUUCGACCACUGCCGGGCCCACGUGAACUGGUUCAACAACUUCAGACAUCUAGCUUGUUCUGAGAUUCGAGCAGCGAACCUCAGUGGGGAUUGCUCCUUCAACAAUGAAGUUUCCAGAUUCAACUUCGGCCUAAAGGAACAUCACCAGCAGUGUGUCCGGGGUCGCGCUGUACGCUCCAUCCUGGCUGUGCGAAAAGUCAGCCUAGAGGAGGCGCAAAAGAUUGUCGGCGAGGUCUUCGACUCGUGCUUCAACGAUCACGCCCCUUUCGGACGGAUCCCACACGGCAAUAAGGACGCCAAGUUCGCCUACAGGGAAUACAUGAACAGGGAUCGGUACUACAUGAACCUUUAGUGUUUGGCGUAUUGGUAUCCUGCAGAUGCUCGGGCGGCAUUGCAGAUGAAUGACUGGCGGCGUCACGAGCUGCGGUGUGGACAGAAGUAAAUGACCGAGUUGAAACAAUCAGAGAGGGGUGUAGUACUGUGCAUCAGCCCGGACCUCGAGGUCAUGUGGGGAAAGGGCUGGAGAUUAUUUUGUCUUUUUGGACAAUGAUUUAAAGCAAGAGCAACAAUGCAUUUCAUUUUCUUCCUCUUGGACUCUGCUGCUGUGUUACGAGAUUGUACCAACUGAAUUUACACUUGGGAUUGAAAAUUAAAUGAGGUGGAACCAGAUCAGAGAUUUCUGUUUCGUCUGUCAGGUUUUACAGUGAAAGUUCUGUAUGUGUGGAUCUACAGAAGAAGCCAGAUGUUUACACGCACUGUAUGAAAAGAAACAUUUUGGUUAGACUAAUUUUUUUCUGUUUCAGGUCGCUUAGGAUAAGAGUUGUUUUAAUUUCUUCAAAUUCAGAAUUUUGUGUUUUGAACUGUGUGACUUCUGUCAAAUAUUUUGUGUUUCCUUCCAGAAGCUUCUCACAAGAGUUUGAUGGAAUUUUGGCCCAUUCUAUGUGAUGAAACUGGUGGAAAUUAGUCGUUUUGUCAGCUGCCUUGCUCACGCACUCAUUUUUUAUGGGGCUGAGAUCAGCACUUUAUGAUGGCAGCUACAAAAUAUCAACUUUGUUGUCCUUAAGCCACUUUGUAACUAAUUCGGUGGUUUGGUCGCUGUAAGAUCCAUUUCAGCCUAAGCUUCAAUUUCCUAGUUGCUUCAAUAUCUGAAUAAUGUUCAUUCCUCAUGAGUGAAGAAAAACAGCCUUACAUCACUUCCUUUAAAUUUAAAAAUGGUCUCUAUGGCCAAGCAAUUUCUUUUCAUGGUGUUUUCCCAUCUGAUAGUUCGAUUCGGUUCGAUUUGGGAACCAAGAUUGCAACAUUUGUUACAUUUUCAGUUGCUGCGGUUCAUGUUCACACUGCACUGUGUCAAACCAACCAAACCCUUUGGAAAACCUGUUUACCUCUUUGCUUGUGAUGGCGCCGCACCAAGAACUACUGAAGGAAACACCUGAAAAAGACACUGAACGCAACUUCCGUCUUCACAAAAUGGAAACUAAAACAGAGUGGCGUCAGAUUUCUCUUUUCUCGUUGCUAGGAGACCAUGAGCCAUUUCUCCCGCUAGAGUUAAACUCGAACGUUUGCUUUGGUUUUGUUUACCCACAAUGCCCUGCGCUGUAGUCCGCUUCCUGCUUUUGGAGAGGUCUCUGGUCCACAUGGCGUUCACAUGUGCGUUCAAACUGAACCAGCCGAACACAGACUGAGGUUUGUAGGCAGACCAGUUUGAAUGAACACGACUUUCUAGGCAAACGAACUAGAGUUUGAUCAAAGCAGACUAAACAUGGCUGGUGUGAAGGUACCAUUACAAACUGUAAUCUGUUUUCAUGUUGCUUUUGAAGUAAUGGCUUCUUCUUUCCUCAGCAGCCUUUAAGACCACAGUGAUGCAUGACUUGCUCACUGUGGAUAAUGAAAGUGUUACCAGCUUGAGUGACUGGUUGGAGUCUGCAGUUCUUUUCCUGAUAUCUUGGCUCAUUUCUUUAGAUAAUCGCCUAUUGAACUUACAAAUCUUUAGCGAAACCUGACCGACCUAAGACCAGAGAAGUCGUUGCUAACUUAAUGUCUUGAAACUGAAAGGGAAAAAAAAGACUCUUUUAUAGAGCGUAUGUCAACAUCUGGUUUCAGACAGAGACCUUCCAGUGGUUCUGGUUGCCUCAACAACCUCAACACAGAUAAUCUGUAAAAUAAAUCUGUCUGUUCUCACUAUUAACAGACUUUGAUUAAAUUUGAAUUAAAGGUG